AUCAUAGAUGAACAGGAGAGGAUUUGGCGAACUGGAGCAGCAUGUAGCUAGCAGAGAAGCUCGAAUUCUGUUGCGCACUGAAACUCUCUUUGGAUAAAAACCGAAUACGUGACCAGUGUUUGUUAGAUAAAUCUAUCUUCUAACUCCACGCCUGCAACAGAGGACAAUAAUGCUUUUCUGUAGGGUAUUACGGCUGUCUGUAGCUCAACGUUUUAACUCGACUGGUGGUGUGCAAGUCCAAGUCAAAGCAAAGAGACUGAAGGGGGACGUUACCUGUGCAUUACAUAAUAAAAAUUCGUUUUGCAACACGCAGCUUCAUACCGAAUAUGAUGGAAAGCAUUUAAAUUUAUUUAAGUCGCGGGCAGGAAGACGGACAGUUGAUAAUGUCCUGCUAAGCGUCCGGAGCCGGGGAUACAGUCGGUCAGUUCAAGCUGCGCCUUUGGGACAACUGACAGAGUGGACACGGCAGAAUACCCAGUUUGUUUCGAUUCUGCCCACAAGUGCUCAAAGUAGUUAUCAUCGUAUCCUUCGCAACGCUGGUUCGCCCCUUUUUUGGGAGACGGCAGGUGACACCGACAACAAGAGGUUCAGCAGACUGGGUGCUAUUGAACCAAUUUUGUUUACGUCUGGAGCCGGACGCUUUCUUCUUGCGUUUCCUACGACCAAUGUGCAAAUGAGAGCUACAUCAACAGCUGCCGCGCAGAAACGCGACCCAGGACCCGAAGACACAGCGGCCAAACUCAAAGAGGACCAGCCCCCAAGCGGGGCCCCAAGCGACGUCCCGCAGGAGCCAGGGUCCGAGGAUGAGAAGCCAAGCAAGACCCAGCAGCUGAAGAAAGUGUUCAAAGAGUACGGAGCCGUGGGAGUGACUUUCCACAUCGGAAUCUCACUGAUGUCACUCGGAAUGUUCUACCUGGCCAUCUCCAGUGGGAUUGACAUGGCGGCCGUCCUGUACAAGCUGGGCUUCAGCGAAACUGUGGUCCAGUCCAAAAUGGCCGCCGGCACCAGCACUUUUGUCUUGGCCUAUGCUGUGCACAAGCUCUUUGCGCCAGUGCGCAUCAGUAUCACGCUGGUGUCUGUGCCACUCAUCGUGCGCUAUUUCAGGAAGACGGGCCUGUUCAAGCCUCCUGCAUCAACCCCCUGAGCUUCCCCGAAGCCCCACCCACAGAUCUGUGCCCAGGGUGCGGCUGGAGGCACGGCCAUAGAGGCAUGUCCGAGAGCAGAGAACUGCUGAAACCCAAUUCCCUUUGCCUCCGGAGAAUCCGUGAUCUGCUCUGGACUCUGGCUCUCAAAAUGUUUAGUGUUCAGGACUUUCUGCAGUAACGUUGGUGUCACUUGUUGAUUACUGGUGCUUGUCUUGUCGUGUUUUUCCUUAAUUAGCAGCAGCCAUGCAGUGCUUUAUUUGAAUGUGUAGAAACAUUUCACAUUGAAACAUGUUUUAUUGUUGGAGCAAGAGAACACACUACUACUCAUACUUUACAAUAAACAGGUAGACUAAUACAGGUGUAACAUAUCUAUACACAAGUUUAUGUAAAACUAGGACAAGACUGCUUCUGAUAUUUAUCUUAAAGGUAAUUGCCUACAUUUUUGGUUUACAAUCAUAGAUAGUUACAAGGAAUUUUCAGCAGAGACGUUGAGCAGAGUUCCAAUGCUUGGUAUUGUGUGCUUGGUUGAGCUGGUUUAUUUCUAAGGACUUGUUGCCAAGCUAGACAUGAACUAACAAAAAUCACAUGAAGGAAUCUGCAAGAAAGCUGUCACACUAAUUUGUUAAUAACAAAGUGGUCUUGUAUUUUCUCAAUGGGCUGUGGACCAGCAGAAUUAUUCAGGUUUUGAUUUUUUCUAUUCUUUCACGUAUCCAUGCAGUGAACAUUUACUUCUAACUGCAUAUAUGUCCCUGUUUAAAAUGAGCACAUAAGGAGGUGAAUUCACCAAUCAUACCUCAAAGGAAAGAACACUGAUGCUCUUAAAUCUGUUUAAACCUUUUCUGAAAUCAUGAAAUAUGGAAAGAUUUUCAUCUAUUAAAAGGGAAUACAGUUCUGUUUGUCUUUAUUACAAUGAUGAUAACUCAGAGGAUGACAGUGGACAAAUGAAAUUGUACAAGAUGCAUUGAGUUAUAAAAUUUAACCACACCAUCUCUUUCACUGUUUUGUGUUGGGCUCACUGUAGACUUCAUUAAAGAAAUGACUGAAGGAUUAACACCACUGGGAAAAGCAGGGGUGAAUAAGGGGAAGCCAGUGUAGACAGUAUAAAUGGCAGUGUUCCCAUCACAGCAAGCACUAAUGUAGCCCUUCAGCAUUUCAGCAUGUUGACUAA